UAUAAACAAAGUUGGCGGUAAAAGAAAAUGGAAACUGUGGAGAGAGAAAAGUCGCUCAAAAAUGAAACGGAGCAGGAAUACAGAGUCAACGUGACAUCGAAAAAACGACUCAUCGAGCAGAUGAAUAAAUAUAAAGAGGUUCUGAAAACUGCGCUGGACGGACAGACGGAAAUGGCCGAAGAGACGAAGCGGGUUUUACUGCAGGAGCUGCUCGCGAAUUUUGAAGCAGCUGUUCAGGACAACGUCUUAGUGAACGGAGAACCGUGGGAGGAGGCACCUGAUGAAGAAGACGAGGAGGCUUAUGACCUUGAGGGUCUCCUGGACGACACCAUCGUGGAGACCACCAGGAGGCGCCGCACGUACCCCAGACAGAUCCUGCCCCACGUGGUUCACUCCCUCAAGGCUGAGCGUAAAAUCAUGGGCCUGUAUGAAGACACAGUGAAACCCCAGGAGAUGGUCAAAGACCCAGAUCAAGAUAAUCGGGAAGAACUACUUCCCUUUAAAGUCGCACGUUUGAAGGUUUCGCCGUCGCUGAAAGUGACAAAAAUCUCAGUGCUGCUACUCGUUGUUUCUGCAGCAGCUUCUGGACAAACUUCAGAGAACAUCAUGACUGAUUUGUCAGCAGCGGCUCCAGGGAUGGUGAAACAGGCCAUUCAGGUUAUAAAGUCAAUCAGCACUCUGCAGAAACAAGCUGAAGGUCUCUGUGAAAUCCUCAACAUGAAACCCAGUCACACCACGCUGGAGAUGGAGAGGGAGGUGUUCGGCUACAGUGGCCAACCAGACGCUCCUCCUCCUCCUGAGGAGGGCGUGGCUGCAGAGAGGCACAGGCAGCCAAUCAAGAGAGCUGUAGAGGAAGCGGCAGCCACAGGCUGCUACGUGCCGCUGGCAAAGAAGCCAGACUGUCCUGCAGGAGGCGACAAAGUGGAAUGACGCGGACUUAAUGACGCCGCAAGACUUUUUAAAUCGCGUACAGUCAACGCCGUCUGUCUGUUUCAGUUUCAGUGCUGCUGGGUGACACGACCACAAGAGGGCGCCAAUCUCCCUGGAACAAAACGAGUGAAAACCUCAGCACUUGUGUUUCACCUUAAAUUUCCUUUAUUCCUCGCCGUUUGGCAAUGUGCGAUUAAACAAACAAUUUCACCAAGAAUCUGACUCACCAUUAAGAUGUUGAUGACUCGGUCAACAACAUAAGAACAUGUUUAUGUUUUCAUCUCACUGUUAGACAUUUAUAAACCACUCACUCU